UCGAGUUGUGCUCCAACAAGUGAUUUAGUUUCUUUCCCAGUGCCAUUAUUCAAAACGACAAUGUUCCGACUGUUGAUUGCUUCGUCGUUGGUCGCCAUGACCCUGGCCGUUCCAGUUGCUCAGGUCCACAAUCUGCAUCAGAACCCAGAAGCCCACGCUCAGAUUCUGUCCUUCGAAAAUGUUCUGCAUGACGAUGGCCACUACAACUGGGCGUACCAAACUAGCAACGGAAUAGCCGCUCGUGAAGAAGGCCUGGGAGGACAUGGUGCCAACGGAGAGUACUCCUACACCGGCCCAGAUGGCGUCCAGUACCGUGUGAUCUACGUUGCUGAUGAAAACGGAUUCCGUCCAGAGGGAGCCCAUCUGCCAACUCCUCCACCAACCCCAGAACAUGUGCUCAAGUCCCUGCAAGAGAUCCGUGCCAACCCACCCAAGGACCAGAAAGACUUCAGCCUGGAAGCCCUUGACGCCACCAUCCGUCGGCUGCAGCACUAAACGAAGCUUUAGCUCGAUUCGCUCGAAUUGUUGAUCUUGAUCAUGAAAUUGUUAUCUUGAUGUUCUAGUUUGAUGAAAACUUCCUCCUAGAAGCUCACACCAGUCAGACGUCCAAAACUGUAGUUCAUUGGACACAUUGUUGUAAAUAGUGAAAAUUUAGUGAUAAGUAGAAGAAAUGUAAUAAAGUAAUGUUUUCUGUGCUAAAUGAAACUAGAA